UGUCAUGUAGUAUGAGAUCAAUAAGUUGAAAAGGUUUCGUCAGAGUAUGAGAUCGAGUUGAUCGGGAAAGUUUUUAAUCUGUUGUGGGUUUUUUUUAAAUCAGUGUCAAAAUAUAUUGUUUUGUACAUGGAUAAUGCUACGUCUAUAAAAAUGAUAAUGAAACCUGUAAUAAUUUGAGAAAUUCGUAAAUUAAUGAAUACGCAAAUAUAUGCUAUUAUUCGUAUCACAUUAGUGAAAAUGUCAGAUAUGUAUAUGAACGAUUAGAAUAUCUUAUUAAUUUAAUACUUCAAUAGCCAGAAAUAAAUAAAAGUUGUUCGUACGUUUUUUUGCAAGUAACGCACUUUUUAAUUUCUAUAAUUUCGUUAAAAAAAAAUGAUGUGUCAUAUCCAAGACGUAGGUAAAUAAUUAUAAGUUGGAAACAUUGUGAGAAUCAUUUGAAGAAACAAUUUAAUAAAAAAAUGAGUUCCGUCUGGAAACGAUUGCAACGAGUAAACAAGAGAGCCGCAAAAUUUCAAUUUACUGUAUCAUAUCAUGAAGUCACUUUAGAAACGACAACAAAAUGGAAACCAAACAAACUGAGUAUUGUAUGGACAAGACGUAGUAGAAGAGUUAGUUCAGAACCAAUAGAUUGGGAACCUAACUUAAGUGACCCAUUAAAAGGUGUCAUUAGUUGGGCAGUUCCUGAUAAUCAUACAGUUUCUGUAACUUUAUUUAAAGAUCCAAGGACCCAUGAAUUAGAAGAUAAAGAUUGGACAUUUGUCAUUGAAGAUGUUUCUCCCACUGGUAAAAGACGACAUGUAGCUGCUGCAAAUAUAAAUAUGAAAAAAUAUGCAACAUUAGAAUCUACUCAACAACAGCUUAAAUUAGAUUUAAAACCUACAUCAAAAAAGAUUGUUAGCGCUACAUUGGAAUGUACUUUAUCUUGUGUCUUCUUAAGAGAAGGCAAAGCAACGGAUGAAGAUAUGCAGAGUAUGGCUAGUUUGAUGUCAGUUAACAAUAAUAGUGAUAUUGCACCAUUAGAUGACUUUGAUAAUGAAGAUAUACCAGAAGAUGUUGAAGAAGUAUCUGGAAAAAAUCUUGAUGAAAUUUUAGAUAUCUCUGCUCAACUUGAUUUAAUGACAAGCAGUCUUACCGAAAGUGAACUACCUAGUACUCCAAUAAGUGUGGCAAGUUUAUCAAAAGAUGAUACUACUCCUGUAAAUGAUAGUGAUCACAUCAUAUAUGAUGUUAGUCUUACAGGUAUUAAUGAUUCUUUUAAGGAAAAAUCACCAUUAAAGGAUUCUAUUGCUGUUGAGAACAAUAAAAAUAUUGAACAUAAUACACUAUUGAGAUUACCAUUACAACCACUAGAACUAAAAAAGAAUGAUGCCAAUAUUCCUAGAUUAAAAGAAAUUACUCCAGGGCAGGAUUUAUUGGAAUGGUGCAAAGAAGUAACUAAAGAUUAUUCUGGUGUAAAAGUUACUAAUCUUACAACAUCUUGGAGGAAUGGAAUGGCAUUUUGUGCAAUAAUACAUCAUUUUAGGCCAGAUCUUAUAGACAUAGAUUCAUUAUUACCACAUGAUGUAAAGGGUAACUGUAAAAAAGCAUUUGAUGCUGGAGAAGCUCUUGGUAUACCUAGAGUAAUAGAACCAGCAGAUAUGGAUAUAUUAACUGUACCUGAUAAAUUAGCUGUAAUGACUUAUUUAUAUCAACUGAGAGCACAUUUUACUGGUCAUGAAUUAGAGGUACAUCAGAUAGGUAAAACUACAGAUGAAUCAUCUUAUAUGAUUGGAAGAUUUAAUACAGACAAUAAUUCAGAUGUAAGUGUGCAAUUAUUUGGUCAAGAAAUAAUUAAUUUACGUAAGAAAGAUCAAAUGGAACAUAAAAAUAAUAAAACUGAUAACAAUAGACGAUCAAAUCCAUUUGAUAACAAAAAAGAAGAUGUUAAUAUUGAUUCUUUAAAAAAUAAAUUACAUUUAAGUUUAAAUAUGGAAAAUCAAGAUCAUGAUCAAUGCAAUAAGGAUAAAUCGCCAUCAAGUGUUAAGGAUGUUAAAGAUAUUAUACUAGCUAGUUCAAAGAGUAUUCUGGAGAAAGUACUGUCACCAACUAAAGAAAAAUAUUCAUCUAGGGAAAAGAGUAAAUCUCCACCAAGAAUAUCACAAACACAACAACGUCCUAUAUUAAUGACUCGACGACAAUUAACAGAUCCUUUUGGGUCUGAUGAAGAAGAGGAAAAUAUUCAAAUAAUUGAUGAAAAGUGGUCUCAAUCAAUUUCAAUUAACAAAUCAGAAACGCCAAUUCAUAAUGAUUCGGUAAAUGUUUGUGAAAAAGGAAAUCGUACUGAAUAUCAAAGUGUAUCAUCACCGCAAGGAGAACAACGUUCUCAGCAUCCAUUAGUCAGUCGUCAUGACGAAUUAAGAAAACGCGCCAGGCAACUAUUAGAACAGGCUAGGAAUCAUACAAAGUCAACUGGCCUUAUUUCUACUGCUGCAUAUCCUAUUGAGAGUCAAAAUGAUGACGAAAGACAGCAACAAUUACGUGAAAGAGCAAGACGUUUAAUAGCGGAAGUAAAAAUGGGUGUUACUUCAAAUCAAAUUAAUGAUGACAAUAAUAGUGAGAGACGAUCGAUAGAUGAUCAAAAUAACAGUCCAAGACGUAGUAUUACACCAUCUACUCCGGGUGACAAAUUUAACACAAAGGCUGAAUACAAUGGAAACACUCUAGGAACUUCAAAUGUAAUAGAUGCAGAGAAGAAGACAGGUUCUCCCUUAUUCUCAUUUUCUAAGAUAAUAGAAAGAAUUUCACCAGAUAAAGCUAGUCCUGAUGGCACUUCAUAUACACUCAGAGAGUUGGGAAAAGAUAUGACAUCAUAUAUUCAAAAUGAAUUAGAAGCAUUAGAAAGAGAACAAACUCAAAUAGAUAUUCAAGCUGGUAAACUUGAGAAACAACUUCGAACUGCAAUGGAAAGUGAUAAUGAAGAUGAAACAGAAAGACUAAUGUCUCUUUGGUUCACGCUUGUUAAUAAGAAAAAUGCAUUGUUGAGAAGACAAAUGCAGUUGAAUAUAUUGGAAAAAGAAGAUGAUCUAGAACGACGUUUUGAAUUAUUAAAUCGUGAAUUAAGAAGCAUAUUAGCGGUAGAAGAAUGGAGGAAAACUCCUGAACAAAAAAUGCGAGAAAAUUUACUUUUAGAAGAACUAGUUUCAAUAGUAAAUAAAAGAGAUGAAUUAGUUCAUCAUCUUGAUACACAAGAAAGAGCUAUUGAAGAUGAUGACGAGAUAGAACGUAACUUAUCUAGAGCUGGCUUGGCUCAGCGAAAUAAAAAUUGCAUGAUACAAUGAAAGUAUAGUUUUAUUUUUGUUGAUACGACGAAAGUGACAAACAAAAAAUAGUAAAUAAUUUUUAACUUAGGAUAAUUGUAGGCGCGAUUCAUUUUGCUGUGGUGUUGCCAAAGAAAACAUACUAAAAUUGUUCUCAAAGAUAAAAUCAAGAACUUUAUAAUCUGUAAAACAGUAAUAGUUAGGAACUUAUUUUGUACUAUGAGCUAUAUACAAAUUGUACAAUCCGUGUUUUAUAUUUAUACAAAUUCAUUAAGUACAGCAUCAACAAAAUACUACUUCUUAUAAUAGAUCUAAGUUCAAAAUGAAAACCGGUCCGUCGAAGAAAUACACAGAAAUAAUGGAAGUCUAUUAUGAGGUUGUAGUAGUUGUAAAAAGAAUAUGUUGUUAGAAAGAAUGAAUUUUGAUUAUAGUUCAAUACAUUUACUUAUAAUAUCUCAUUAUAAAAGCAAUAGUAGAAAAAUAUAAAGAAAAAGGUUACAUACGAAAUUCCUAAUUUAAAUAAGGUGCUCGAAUCUCAAUUAAUGACAAGAAAUUAGACAUUAAACAUUAAAUAAAUCACUUACGUAAUACGGAAAUGAGGUAAACAUUAAAAAUUACAUAAAGAUUACAUAGAUUAUUUAUGGAAGA